GCAAUAUCACAACAUUGCGACAGGCACAUUGUUUGUUCUGAAGUCUAAGAGGCGUCAAAACUCACUGCAUCGCAGUGCGCAUGGAUAUCGUUUGGCGCCGCGUUGCGGUGUAUAAUCUCGGGUGCAUACGUUCAAGCAUAAAAGCCAAGUUCAUUGAACUAUGAAGGGUAUUCUUCAUCUUCAUCAUCUUCCUCUUCUUCUUCUUCUUCAUGGCUGGCCCAAUUUUAGCAAGCACUUUGUUUCUCUUGACUCUUUUUAUCACCUCGGCUCAGGCAGCCACCAAUUCUGUGAUAUGUCCUUCCAAUCCUUAUCUAGACCCACGAAACGAUCCAUGCAAUGCCCUCGGAUAUAUCGCUAACAAUGCACUCACUGCUGUCGCUUUUGCUUAUGUGCUGUUGGUUGUUCUCAUUCAGACUUAUCAAAUAAUCCGUAACGGCGGGAGGUUCAUGUUGUCUAUGGUCAUCGGGGAAUACAUCUAUGCUCUGGGCUUUGCAUUUCGCUUCGCUUUGCACUAUAACCCUGACUCAUUGGAGAUUUUCAUCUCUGAGGACUUGAUGAUCGUGUUGUCUCCCUGUUUCUUCAUUGCUGCGAAUUAUGCUCUCCUUGGUCGCCUCGCUCGUGAAAUUGACUGCGCUCAUCAUGUCUUGCUUCCAGUGAAGCGGCUUACCCUCAUAUUCGUCUUGUCCGACGUGAUUACCUUUGUCAUCCAGGCGGGAGGAGCCUCAUUGAGUACGUCCAAGGUUCAAAGUGCAGCGACUACGGGACUUCACAUUUUCUUGGUUGGCCUCAUUAUGCAACUGGUCUCCUUCAUCUUCUUCUGUGCCAUCUAUGCACGAUUCCUCUACAAGGUCUACACUGAGGAAGAAGAUGUCUGCAUGCGAGACUCAAAGCAACCCUGGUAUAACGACUGGCGAACACUCGCCGCCACCUUGGCGGUCAGCUCCAUCGGACUUCUGAUUCGUUCCUUCUACCGUGUUGUAGAGGCUAGUCAGGGCUUCCGUGGCAAUCUCAGCACAAGCGAGACAGCGUUCUAUCUGGGUGAUACGAUUCCUAUUUGCUUGGCUAUCAUCGUGUACGUUCCAUUCUGGCCUGGAAGGUUCAUCAAGCCAGAGCACCCCUACGUUAAAGAUCAGAAGGAGUUAUACAUUUCUAGCCCUUCUAUAGUAUAACCCUUGAGGUACUUUACGGACCUUGGCACUCUGGUAGUGUUACAAUGAUUCAUAUGCUCAGCAAUGAGUACUGGCGAGAGCCAGCC